AUGGAGAAUGUCACCACAGUGAAUAAGUUUCAUUUACUCGGCCUGACCAGUGCCCCUGAGCUGCAGCCUUUCUUCUUUUUGAUGUUCUUAAUUGUUUACUUGAUAAACUUGGUUGGAAAUGGAGCUAUAUUAAUGAUUGUUAUUUUGGAACCCAGACUCCACUCCCCUAUGUAUUUUUUUCUGGGAAAUCUUUCUUGUCUGGAUAUUUGUUAUUCUUCAGUGACACUUCCCAAAGUGCUUGUAAACCUUCUCUCCAUUCACAGAACAAUAUCUUUCCUUGGCUGCAUCAUUCAGUUACACUUCUUCCACUUUCUGGGAAGUACAGAGGCCAUCUUGCUGGCUGUUAUGGCCUUUGACCGUUUUGUAGCCAUCUGCAACCCACUUCGCUACACUGUCAUCAUGAAUUCCCAGCUGUGUGUUCUGCUGGCUGCCAUGGCCUGGAUCACCAGCUUCUUCUAUGCUCUCAUGCAUUCUGUCAUGACUGCACGCCUGAACUUUUGCCAUUCCCAGCAACUCAGUCACUUCUUCUGCGAUGUCAAGCCCCUCUUGGAACUAGCCUGUAGCAACACGCUACUCAAUCAGCAUCUCCUUUCUGUUGUCACUGGCAGCAUAUCCAUGGGAGCUUUCUUCCUCACGCUCCUCUCCUAUUUCUAUAUUAUUGGCUUCCUUAUGUUCAAGAAUUGGUCCUGCAGAAUACUCCAGAGGGCUCUGUCCACUUGUGCUUCCCAUUUUAUGGUAGUGUGUCUUUUCUAUGGACCUGUGGGCUUUACAUACAUUCGCCCUGCCUCAGCCACCUCCAUGAGUGAGGACCGGAUGGUAGCUAUCAUUUACAGCGCAGUCACCCCAGUGCUAAAUCCACUAAUAUACACACUUAGAAAUAAAGAAGUGAUGUUGGCUCUGAAGAAAAUCUUUGGGAAGAAGUUGUUUAAAAUCUGCUAG